GGGUGGGGGUCACGCACGAGGUACGACGAGGGGGUCAAGGGGCAAGGCACGCGCCUGGAGGGGACUCGCCCUCCCAUGUUUUACCUUUUCCUCCGACGAUGCUCUAGGUGACUCCGACCGAGGAAAUUGCAAGCUCUGCCUCUAUCAAACGGAGGCACGACCGAGUUCGUUAAUAAAGGGUAAAAAACGAGUGAUUCUCCAGCUUCGCUACGCGCCUCUUUCGAUUCCAGGAAACAUGCUACUUUGUAGAAAUUAUGUUGACAACAACGUUGCUAUGGACAGUUGUGUAUAUUGCAGUUGUACGGCGGAGCGCGCGUUUUACCAUGACGCGAACCAACGCGUUCAACGAUAUACGCUAAGGCUAAUCGAUCGUUUGACGCAGAUGGUACGGAGUCCUCGAAGGAACCGAAAGGACGAAAGAGAGAACCACUGCGUGUUACACCGUUCUACUCGAAAAACUUCGUAACCAUACGCUUUCCCCAUGACUAACAGGUGGAAGGCGUUUGAAACGUGCAGCUUUCCUCGAGAUUAGCAGGUGGAGGAUACUAUUGGUGCCUCGUGCCGCGGAUUAUUUCGAACCAGAUCUGGAGAAACCACCUUCCCUUGUAGAAAGCAUAUGGACGAUUUAGCGAUUUAGACAAAUCGCAUUGAGGUUUAAUUAUAGAUAAGCCAACCGACGCUGUUCGUUACAACGCGAAGAUAUAGCAGUGGACACUUCUUGCAAAUUAUAUAUUAAAGAGAAACGAUUUUCCAACGGCACCAGAGAAAGAAAUUCUUGCUUUGAGAAAAGUUAUCGUCACAAAUAAGAAAGUAAUAUAGCUGCAGGAUCGAUAGACAGUAGUAAAGUGUAGCGGAGAAUAUGUUUUAUUGAUGACUUAUUGCUGGAAUCGAUCGUCGGUUCCACGGUAGCAAAUAGAGUAACAGUAUACAUAUGCUUCUUAGUCACUGAAAAUUAUAGCAUUAUCAUUCGCUACUGUUUGUAGAUAUAUAUUAAGAGUUUUUUUCGAAAAUUAUACUAAUUUUUCCACUGUCGAUCAUCAAAUAUAUUUGUUUCAAUUUUAUUACAUUAUCGAUGACGUGAUUCUUGUUAUUCCUGUUAUUUAUGAAAUAAACACCAAGUGUAAUGGCAAUUAGAUACAACUACUCUUACAGAUGGUGGCUUACGUAAAGAAUAUGAAAUGACUUGCACGCUAUGAUUACUGCAGCGCAAACUUAAAACGAACGUCCAUGCCGUGCUAUUUAUUUCGCUCGAUAAUCGUUCACGCAUACGAAAGCACAAUGUUUAAAAUAAAAUUUCGUGCUGUUUUUAGAAAAAUUCUAAAAGUGUAUUCUACUUCGUUGUUAUCGUGAUUCUGUUACUGAAUGAGGUAAAGAAAGGUUUCACAAACGUAUUGAGCAUUCUUUUACAAAUUUAUUAAUUCGGUUGAAUUCUUUUAGUUUUUAACGGCUUCUUUACGAUAACAGUAUUAUGAUAAAAGAUUAUAACAUUUUUCAAAUUCGUAGGUAGACUGAUUUCAAAAAUAAAGGAUGUCACGCAUCAUCUUGUAAAAUCAGAGAAGGAAUAAGAAAUGCGUUUCAAAUCCAUGCACACGGAUAUUUCGGUGCUACUUUUCCUUCCACAAAACUCAUUUCUGUAUCCUUUAGACAGACUGCAAUAUCCAAAAUAAAUCUUUCAUAUGACCGAUCGAUUUUCAUGCUACGGAUUGAUGAAAAGACAACUUUCACGCUACAAAAAUCGUUAAUAGAUACAUAUAAAUAAGCUUUAAUGCUCCCUAUUAACCUAUAUUGAUUGCAAAUAUUUCUAUCUUUUAUUAAGUAAUUAUAUUGCGUUUCAAAUCAAAUAUUUUAACAAUUUUGGUGUAUUAAUUCUGCCUGUUUUUCAUCAAUUAUGUUGAACUUAAAAGAUAUAAUUUGUUUCAAACAACAUCAGAAAUUAUAAAGAUUUAUAUAUACGUACAAUUGUAUUUAGUAAUUUGUAUUUAGUAUUUAGAGUUUUUAGAAGUACUAUGUUUCUUAGAGUAUGAUGUCUUGCAGUAUACUCGUAUAAUAUAACAGUACCUCAAAUUGCACACAUUAAUUUAUCUAUUUGUAAUACCGAAUACUUCAUUUUAUUGGUUAGUUCUAUUUUGUCCAAUUUUCGGGCCACUAAUACGAUUUAUUUAGAAAGGCAUAAUACUUAAUUGUUUCCAAUAUUAAGUAAUUGGAUUAAAAGAAACUUUAUAUCUACUCGUGAUAAUUUUACAAAUACGAAACAGAUUCGAGAAGCAAUUUUUUGGUCGUACCGAUGAAAACAUAGCUUGUCAUUAAGAAAUGGCGGGAAAGAUGGCAGACUGUUUUGAUAAUCACUCGUGACUUGUUGCUUACCUGUAUAAUGAACGCGUUAAGCUGACUAUUAAGGGGUCUUAAAGAUAUAAUUUUUUUUUAGCGAUUAAGUUUUAACAUCUUCUGUAUUAAAAGUAAACAAUUUCUGCGUGUAAUUUAUGUUUAAAAUGGAUAAUGAUAGUGAUUCUGACGUAAAUGAUAUUUUAAAUGAUCUCUUAGCUAAUAAUGAUACAGAAGAAAAUCAGGAAUUAUCUCAAAAAGAAACUCGAAAAGAAACUCUUCAAGAACUAGACUUUAAUUUCUUAGACAGUACACCUAAAACAACUGAUGAAAGUAAAUCUACUAAUUCCCAGGAAAAAAGUGAAGUUUAUGAUGAUACCCUUGACUCUUCGGAUGAUGAAGACAGGCGUUACUUCGAGGAACAAAAAUAUUCCAAUUAUGGACGUGAUAUAAAAACUUUAUUAAAAAAAGAAACUAUUAAAAAAGAUGAGGAUAGACCACUUCCACGUAAAAGCAGCAGAACAUUUGAUUUUAGUGCAACAAAAACCAAUAAAAAUUUAAAUACGGUAACAAAUAAUGCUAUUGUUACAGCAAAAGAUGUUUACAGUGAUCCAUUUUUUGGAUUAAGAAUCGUUAAUCCAAUAAUCUCUUCAGCAGAGCUGAAAGCACGUAUGAGUGAUAAAGUACCUGUUACCGUAUCAAGAAUAAAAUAUCAUCUUAAUCCAGAAAAAAUGGAGAAAGACUGGGUAAUUGCAGGAGUAUUAAUAAAUAAAUCUACACCAAAAACUUCUCAAAAAGGAAGUACAUAUGCUAUAUGGAAAAUAAGCGAUUUAUCUGAUAAUAUGAAUACUGUGUGCCUUUUUAUGUUUAGUAAUGCAUAUAAAACACUAUGGAAAACUACUAUUGGGACUGUGAUAGGUAUUCUUAAUCCAAAUGUCUUGGAAUCUAAAGACAAUUCUGAUUUAGCAACAUUAUCAGUUGAUAAUCCUCAGAGGGUCAUGAUACUUGGUAAAUCUAAAGAUAUGGGGAAAUGCAAGUCCAGGAAAAAGAAUGGAGAACCAUGUAGUUCUAUUAUAAAUCUUAGUCGUUGUGAAUUUUGUUUAUAUCACAUCAAGCAAGAAUACAAGAAAUGCUCUCGCAGAGCAGAAUUACAGGCAUUUAGUAAUACUCAGAAAUUUUCGAUAGAUAUGUUAAAACAAAAACCACAGCAAAAACAAAAAUCAUUUUUCAACAAUAUGCCUGAAUUUAAUGCUGUUGUUGCUGUAAAAAAUAAAAAAUUAGAAGAAAAAGAUGCCAAACGAUUGGCAUUACUUUCAGGAAGCCAGAAGAUUAAUGAUUCAACUAUCAAUAGUUUAGAUAAUGUAAAAAAUCAAAAUGUGAAAGCAGAUAUACCAGGACAACAAAUAAAAAAAGACUUUGAACAGAUGAAUAAGUCGAGAGGUUGGAAAGCUGCUGUAUUAUCGCAAACAUCUUCGGUCCACAAGACAUCCUCUUCAUCUACGUUAAUAGAGUUAAAUUCCUGCAAAAAUAAUAAUAUAGGAAACAAAAAUUUGUCUUCUCUAUCUUCAAAUCCUCGCUUAGGUAUUGGUUGUCUUGGAGGAACGAUAGAUUUGUCAGAGCCUAUAACUAAAAAACAAAUUAACAUAGCUAAAAAUAAUGCUGUAAAAUGGAUUAAAGAAAAUGGAAAAAUUAAACCUAAAGAUCCUAACAAAGUACGUUUGAGUAAAGAGGAGAAACUAAAAAAGGGAAAAAAACGUCCAAGAGAAUCAGAAAAUGAUGAAAGGCAAGAAACAAAGAAAUCAAAUGUACUAUCAGAUAAAUUUAAAGAAAUGAUGCAAACUAAAUCUGCUCAUACUGAUCUCAUUGAAAAAUCUUAUGAACAAGAGCAAGACAAAUAUUUCAAUAAGCUAGAGAUGAAAGAAAGAAUGGAAGAGAAAAUGUUGACUACUUAUAAGGUUCCUUGUAAAGCUGUUAGAUGUUUAAUUUGUAAAUAUACGUCUUUUUCUGCUUCUGAAAUGUGCAAAGAGCAGAAUCAUCCAUUGCGUGUUGCUGAUGCGGUGAAAAGAUUCUUCAAAUGUGGAGAUUGUGGAAAUAGAACAGUGAGUUUAGACAGAAUACCUUCGCAUAGUUGUAUAAAAUGCAGCAGUUCAAAUUGGACAAGGGCUGCAAUGAUGGAUGAAAGAAGAACAAAUGUUUCCGUCACCACAUUAUCCAUUCGCGGAGAUGAGGAAACUUUUAUAGGAUCAACGACUAAAGAUGCCAAUCUUAAUCUCUUGGUACCAGAUAAGGAUGACAAGUAGUAUCAUUAUAAAUAAAAAUUUAUAAAAUAUUAUAUACAAGAGUGACAUCUUUGCUAUAAGUUUACAUCUAUUUAACUUUUAUACUGUAUCUUAUAAGCAUAGAUAAUUGUUUGUAUUAUUGUCCUUAACAUCAAUACUCUUUUACUAUGUGAAAUACACAAGUAUAAAAAAACUCUGAUGUGAUGUAGCUAUAUGUAUAUAUAAAUAUAAUUUAAUGUUUUUACAAGA